CUCCGCCCCUCGCGCGGGGUCCGCGUCUGCGGCUGCGUUCCCCGAAAGACGAGGCUGCGCCCGGGUUCCGGUCCGCAGGGAGACCGAAGGGCACCGCUCCCCGAGCCCCCCGGAGCCCCGGAGUGCCGGCCCCCCAGGGAUGUGAGUGCGCCCCCCCUGCCCCCGACCCGAGGCCCGAGCUCCACGUCCCGACCUGCGGCCCGCGCCCCGAGGACCUCCGCCUGCCCCGCCCGCGCCUUCCGGAGGCCCGCGUGGACCAUGCCGCCCGCAGCCAUGAGCGGCCUCGGCCUGGUGCUGCUGGCAGCCCUGCUGUGCUGCGCGCCGGCUCACGGCCUGUGGUGUCAGGACUGUACCCUGACCACCAACUCGAGCCAUUGCACCCCGAAGCAGUGCCAGCCAUCCGACACGGUGUGUGCCAGCGUCCGGAUCACCGACCCCAGCAGCAGCAGGAAGGACCACUCUGUGAACAAGAUGUGCGCCUCAUCCUGCGACUUCGUCAAGCGGCACUUCUUCUCGGACUAUCUGAUGGGCUUCAUUAACUCUGGGAUCUUACAAGUCGACGUGGACUGUUGCGGGACCGAUCUGUGCAACGGGGGGCCGCGGGCGGGGGGCGGCCCCUGGGCCCUGGCCGGGGGGCUGCUGCUCAGCCUGGGGCCUGCGCUCCUCUGGGCGGGGCCCUGAGGCCCUCCCCCUCCCCCAGGGCUUCGAGCUGAUUCCCUCCCUGAGACUCCAGGCCUCCCUCUCUCUCCACCGGCUCCGAGUCCCAGCCAGCAGGAUGGCUCCGGGCCCCGCGGGUGCGGGCUGGGGGCUGGGACCCCCAGGUCUCCGAGGGAAAGCCAGGCAGAGCCUGGCGGUGAGGGCAUCUUCCGCGGAGAAAUAAAGUCACUUCUGGUGCAGACA